UUAGCAGCUUUUUAAGACUAGGUACAGGUAACUAUACACAAAAAGCUUCGUUCUGUUUCUGCACCGUCGAGCACCAUCGAGCAUCGUCGAAAAAUGGCUGCCCAAGGUUACGUUCAGACGUCCCUAAUCUGGGUGACUUACGUCGUUGCAGUCGUAUUAGCUCUAGUCGCUGCUAGUAUCACCACAUUUAUAUGGCAGACCCCACGUGAACGAUCCGCGAUCGUUACCACCGUCGCCAUCGUCAGCUUAACCUCUCUUCUCGCGACCGUCUUCCUCCUUCCCGUCGACAUCGCCCUCGUCUCCUCCACCACCUCCACGGCCCUCGGAGCCAAGAAGGACUGGGCUUCCCCCCAACGCGUCAACAAUAUCCUCCUUACGCUUAAGAUCGUUUAUUAUUUCCUCUACAGCUUCGACGCUCUGCUCUGCCUCCUCGUAAUCCCCUUUGCGUACUUCUGGUACGAGGAGUACGACGAGGUCGAGGAGCAGGAAGGCAACCAGACCUUCGGUUCGCGCCUAUGGGGAGCCCUCAAGUACACCAUCGCCUUCAUACUCCUGGUCGUCAUCUUAUUCCUCGUCGGCUUCUUCGUGCCCGCUGCCGGCGCCCGCGACGACGGCAAACACCUCGAUCUCGACUUCUUCAAGAAGCUGCUCGAUGAGAACCACGGAGAGAAAGCGCUGACGUUUGGCGUCGGCUUGCUGGUCACGCUGGGGACUCUUCUCUACAUCCCAUAUACCGGCGCCGGUCUGGCUCUUUUCCCCGUCUCCUUCAUCAAGUCUGCCCCCUCCGUCUCCGCGCCGGAGCUCUCCGAAAACACCGCGUCCCAGCUGCAGCAGAACAGGGAACGCCAGAGGCAGCUGGAGAUGCGCAAUGCUGGCCGUGCGGACGGGAUACCGGUUAAAGACAGGCGCGAGCUGGAGGCUCUCGUUCGCGAGGAGCGAACCCUGGUGCGGCGCGAGAGAUUGGCUGCGGAAGCACAGGGCGAGGGCAAGGGUUUCAUCGUGAGGGCGUGGUCGAAGAUUUGUGCAGUAUUCAGGCCCCUCAAGCUCGUCGGAGGCAUGCUCCUUGUGGUGCUCGCGUUACUCAUCUGGGUCUCUAUGCUAAUCACGGGUAUCGACAAGGCCGCCAACUCGGUCUGCAAGGAACGCUGCGGAUACAUCCUGGCGCACAUCAACGUCUUCCAACCCAUCAACUGGAUCUUUUUACAGACUGCUCGUGCUUUCCCCGUAGACUACGUGCUCAUGGUGCUCCUGAUCCUGCUGUUCUUCGGUAGCUCCGUGUCGGGCCUGGCCGUCAUUGGUAUCCGGUUCUUAUGGGUACGCGUUUUCCGGAUCAGCAAGGGUCGCACAUCGCCUCAGGCCUUACUCAUUGCGACGGUUAUACUGGCACUUAUCAUGCUAGGCAUCAAUUAUGCCGUAGUCAUGAUGGUGGCACCGCAAUACGCGAGCUAUGGUACCCAAACCUUCUGCGACCUGCCUCCGAAACACCCUCUUGGACGACCCGACUGUACGGAUGUCCCCGAGGCUGUUAAGCCGUGCUCGGAAUGGGCUGGGAGCGCGUCGCGCGGGCGGUGGUCGACGGAGCCGCAGUCUGUAUGCACGCCGACCGUCAUGUCCACAUUCCUCAACCGCAUCACACUCAACUGGCCCGUGUUCGGCGCCAUUGACUUCUGGGCGCAAUUCGCCUUCCUCGGCGUCUUUCUGCUUGUAUUCCUCACGAGCCUCUUCCGCACCCCAAGACUUGAUUUCAGCGAGAUCGACGAAGAGGCUGAGGCAGACGAAGAAGAAGGCCUGCUGGCAACUACUGGGCGACGCCUCAACGCUACCUGGCAAGAUAUUACGGGCCGUCCGAAGCGAGGAAGUGGUGCGAACGGCAAUGGUUCUGGCUACGGCUCGGCCGCGUAGCUGCCCUCCUUCAAUUUGAUACCCCUCUAUCUGUUGUCUUGCUACGAAUAUGAAUUGUCUAUUUUCGUUAUGCUCAGUGGAAAGACCUGUUCAAACAAUUUGAUUCUAACAUAGCAGGCUGGCAAUUU